AUGUCGACAUUCAAUAAUGAUAAUCGAACAAAAAAUUCACAUAUUAAUCAUUGGGGAUCUGCUCGUGAAACAUAUCAAUUCGAAGAACUUGAUAGACAAAAUGUUCUAGGUCAAUCUGAAUAUAAACGACAACGUCGACCUCCUUUAGCUGAUAUACCAACUGUAUCAACGAAAACAAAUACAUCAUCAUGUCAAAAACAUCAAAUUCAUCAAUUGAUUGAACGUGCUCGAGAACUUCAAAAAGAAAUUGUACCAGAUUUUCUUCUCUAUCAAAUGCCAACAACUUAUUCAUCAUUUUCAAAUGUAACACCAAAUUCAAAUGUUAGUCGAGGGAGUAUAUCAACACAUCCAUAUCGACAAAGUAUAUCACUUAGUUCAGGUUCAUCGAAUUCUUCUACACAUAAUCAAAGAUUUAAUUUAUCAUCAAGAAUUCUUGAACGAGCUCAUCAAAUACCUGAAAGAUUUUGGAUAGAUUGGCAACAAAAACAAAUGCAAGAUCGAAUAGAAGAAUUAGAAUAUAUUAAAAAUAAUAUAGAUUGUAGUCCAUGUUCAUCAUUAAAUUCUAAUGAAAUUGAUGAAAAUAUAAUAGAUAUUUCAAAAUUAGAUUAUCCUACGAGUUGUGAUGAACUUUAUCGACAAAGUCUUUUAUAUUUACAACAAGCACAAAAAUUAACAAAUGAACAUCGUGUUAAUCCUGCACGAAUAUCAAAAAAUAUUAAAAAUAUAUCUCAUACGUCUAAUAAAGAUGAUCAUCAGUCGUUUAAUUUUGAUCAACGAUCAGAAGAAACUCUGGAUACAGCACAUUUAAAUGAUUUCAAGGAAAUUUCAUCUGAAUCAUUGACUUCAAUUCCAUUUAUUCAACAAUCUCAAUCAAAUAUUGAUAGUUCUCAUUCAACAAUAUCUUUACCAUUUAUAUAUACAAAUACACAAGAAUUAACAAUAAAUCAUAAUAAUUAUUAUCAAUCACCAAUGUUAGAAAAAGUCAUGAAAGUUAAUGAUAAUAAUAUUAUAGAAAAAAUUUCAUCGAAUAAUAACAAUGAUGAUACAGCACAAAUUGAUACAGAAUUUAAUGUUACAUUAAUUAAACGAGAACAUUCAAAACAAAUCAAACCAUUAUUAUAUUCAAAAGCAACUGUCAAUCGUAGGAUUGAAUUUCAUAAAUUUCAACCAAUAUCAUCUAUGAAUAAUAUAACAUCAUUAAAGAAAGAUCAAAUAAUUCUUCUUCCAGUAUUGAAAACAAAGGAGAUAAAUGGUAGUCAAUCAUAUUCACCGACACACUCCUUUAAAUCAUCUUCAUUAAGUUUUUCGUCCAAUGACCAUGGCAAACAUCUUAAUGGUGAUAUGCAAUCUAUUCCAAUUGCAAGAGGAUGA